AUGGCACAACCAACACAAUCAAACACCUGGAUCGAGGAGCGCAGUCGGCAAGAGGGGCGGGAACGUGCCGCCGACCUUCUGCUGGAAGAUAUGCAGCGGUUCCUGCCUGCUGUAAUGGAUCCCACGACUCUGUCGGCUGUGAAAGAUUCCACAGUGACAAAGUACGGCCAAACUGAAAACUAUGACAAACUCGUCGUGCGACACGAAGCCAUAAAGGCACACAUCAGACAUGUCGAAGAACGGCUGUAUCACAACUCUAUCCGGGGCUACAAUAUCCGGCAAAGCAGAGCGUCGUCUCUCAUGACUCCCAGGAGACUGAUUGAUACCCUCGAACCAAAUGGAUUUGCUGUCAAGACGAAUCCCGGCAAGCCUUGA